GAAGAAGAGGAAAAACACAAAAAGAAGCGGGAAGAAGUAGGGUAAACAAAAAUGGAGGUCUCAGCCCCAGACUUUUUGAUAACGUCUUCAAACGACCGCGGUCGGUCCUGGGGGGAAACAGAGACCAGGGAUCUGAUUAAAAUAUGGGCGGAUGACACGAUCCAGGCGAUGCUGAACGGAUUAACAUUUAAUCAUAAAGUUUUCGUUCAAAUUUCUGAGGUGAUGAAGUGUAGGGGCUACGACCGAAACCCGAAGCAGUGCCGAGAGAAGAUAAAGAAGCUCAGAUUAGAUUAUAAGAAGAUCGUUGGGGAGAAGAAGAACGGAUCAGAGAAAGGAGAAACAACAUGGAAGUUCUUCGAAGCCAUGCAUGAAGUUUUAGGUCGUCCUGCACCGACCUGUGGUCGGAACUCUGCAGCACGUGAGGAGGAGGAUGAUGAUGAUGAAGAUGAUGAAGAAGAUUAUUAUGAUGAUGAUGAUGAUGAGACAACAACAUCAGAAGAUGAGGAAGAGGAUGGCUCCUCCUCCUCUGACGCUCAGAGAAAUGGCCGCAGGCGGCGCUACUGGUUGCAUCCUGCUGGCAAAGCUGCUAUUUGA